CCUCGGGGUCUGGGGACGGUCGCUGGCCGGGGCUCUAGAGAGCAGGCGUCACCUCGGCGGCGUGGGGCGGGGCAGCUGAGCAGCGCUGGCGUCUGGGUCCUGGUUCCCAGGACUUAGUGAAGGCUCUGCGGACAGCGGGCUCUGGCCCCUGUGGACUCUGCUUCUUCUGAGAAAUACAUUUCGAGGAAGACUGUUGAAUUUCUAAACCAUGGCCCGUUUGUGUCUUCUGCUUUGUCAUUCAGGUAUCAGUGAUGUUCAGUGAUGUAUCCAUAGCCUUCUCUCGGGAGGAGUGGGAGUACCUGGACCUAGCGCAGAGGGAUCUGUACAAAGACGUGAUGAUGGAGAACUACCACAAUGUGGCCUCGCUGGGAUGCUUCAUUUCUAAACCAGAUGUGAUUUCCUUGCUGGAGCAAGGGAAAGAGCCCUGGAAGGUUGUGAGGAAAAGAAGACAAAAUUCAGAUUUGAAAACUAAGGAUGAGACCAAUCAGUCACCAUCAGAAAAUGGCAUUUAUGAAGUGAAUUUAUCCCAGUGGAAGAUAAUGGAAAGAAAGGGGAACAGUGGCCUGAAGGGCCUUAUUUUAAAAAGCGAAUGGGAGUCCAAAAGAAGACAUGAAAGCCAAGAGGGAUCUCAGGAGGGCUAUCUCAGACAAGUGAAAGAGGGAUCUCAGGAGGGCUAUCUCAGACAAGUGAAAGAGGGAUCUCAGGAGGGCUAUCUCAGAAAAGUGAAAGUCACAUCUGAAAAAAUGGCCUCCUACCAGAAGCGUACGUCUGCUGCUCCACGUCAGAGAAUCCAUUUUGUGGAGAAGCCCUAUGCGUGUGAAGAAUGUGGGAAGACCUUUAGAGUCCGCCAGCAGCUUACUUUCCACCAUAGAAUCCACACUGGCGAGAAACCCUACACAUGUCAGGAAUGCGGGAUGGCUUUUAGGCAGACUGCACACCUCACCAGACAUCAGCGGCUUCAUGCUGGUGAGAAGCUGUGCGAGUGUAAGGAGUGUGGGGAAGCCUUCAUAUAUGGCCCAGACCUUCGAGCUCAUCAGAAACUCCAUGCCGGCGAGAAGCCCUACGCGUGUAAGGAAUGUGGGAAGGCCUUUAGGGUACGAGGACAGCUCACCCUCCAUCAGAGGAUCCACACUGGGGAGAAGCCCUAUGUGUGUAAAGAGUGUGGCAAGGCCUUCAGGCAGUAUGCACACCUUACUCGACACCAGAAGCUCAACAUCGCUGACAGACUCUACGAGUGUAAAGAGUGCGGGAAAGACUUCUUGUGCGGCUCUGGCCUUAGAGUCCAUUACAAACUUCACACUGGGGAGAAGCCCUAUGAAUGCAAGGACUGCGGGAAGGCCUUUAGAGUUCGACAGCAGCUAACACUGCACCAGAGAAUCCAUACUGGCGAGAAGCCCUAUGAGUGUAAUGAAUGUGGGAAGACCUUUAGUCGGGGUUACCAUCUUAUUCUCCAUCACAGAACCCACACGGGCGAGAAGCCGUAUGAGUGCAAGGAGUGCUGGAAGGCCUUCAGCCGCUACUCCCAGCUCAUCUCGCAUCAGAGCGUUCAUAUCGGUGUGAAACCCUAUGGCUGCAAAGAGUGUGGGAAAUCCUUCCGACUGCUCUCGCAGCUCACACAGCACCAGAGCAUCCACGCCGGCGAGAAGCCCUACGCCUGUAAGGAGUGUGGGAAGGCCUUUAGGUUGCGCCAGAAACUUACUCUGCACCAGAGCAUCCACACCGGGGAGAAGCCCUUUGAGUGUAAGGAGUGUGGGAAGGCCUUUCGCCUCAACUCUUCUCUUAUCCAGCAUCUGAGAAUCCAUUCCGGAGAGAAGCCCUACGAGUGUAAGGAGUGUGGGAAGACCUUCAGGCAGCACUCGCACCUCACCCACCAUCUGAAGAUCCAUAAUGCCAGUGUAGCAAAGUCUGAGCAGUCUUCCUGACGUUCUGUGACGGUUACAGCUCAUCUCUUUUGCUCAUACGUGUAACACACCUGGCAU